UGGUCGCACUUCUCCUGUCCGCAACAUGCGUGCGUUCAUUCUUUUGUGCUUCCUCAUCCUGGUUGUCCAGCAAGGCCAGUUUACAAAUGGGGAAAAGAAGAAUAAGAAAAAGGACAACACAUCUGGAAAUCAAGUUUCUAAGACUCUGUCCAUGGGGGUUAAGGCAGCGAAGAGAGAGAUUUUGAAACAUUCCUCAGGCCAGGCUCAGCAGUGUUAUAACUGCGCCUCGGCAAACGACGCCCAGAACUGCGCAGAUCCAUUUAAAUCAACAAAUAUUCCAAUGUGCACCUUGGAUAGCGACACCAGCUGCAUGAAGGCAGUUUUCACAAUUGAUGACGGAGAGGGCAACAUGAAUAAAAUAGUUGUCAGAUCAUGCGCCCCUUCGUCGCUAGCUGAUCCUUGCAGCACUGUCGCCAAAGAAUUUGGCAAUUUUGCAAAGCUUGAGCACUGCUCCACUUGCGACAGCUCCGAUUUCUGCAACAGCGGUCCAAAGUCAGCGGCCGUUUCCGCUGUCGGUCUGGCCAGCGUUGUCAUGCUUGCUUUGAAAAAUCUACUUUAAAUUUGGCAAUAGGUCAAAUUUAAGAAAUCGCAAAUACUUUCAGCUGAGGUCAUUUUAUUGUUUGAUGUGGAAUAUUAAAAAGUAUU